GUGACAAUGUCUCCAUCUGCAUUUGUUAUGCAGCGAAAAGAGAUGAAAAUGUCAUUAUUUACCUUGAUGGGACAUUGGAGACGGAGGUUAAUUAUGCAUGUCUGAGAGAUUCCACUGCUGUCACUGAUGAAGUUAUUUUUGGUAGGGCAUUGCUUUAUUGGAGGUGAGGCAUGUUUUCAACUCAGUACAGGAUUUUUGGUGCAGCUGAGAGCCCACAGGCAGAGUGAAACGUUAGAGGAGAAUUUACUGCCAUUUUGUUAUAUUAAUUCACAUUUUUUUUUUUUUUGAGAAUGAGUAGUGUGGUUUUUGUGAAAGGUGAAACAGCCAUGUGAUAUGGAUAAUGACCCUGUUUUAUUAUGUGGUCACUGGUUAAGUUUAUUUGAUAGGUAUCAUCUUUGUAGAAGAAUUCAAAGACUGUUAUAAAAAGACUGGGAAGCCUAAGUGUACACGAUAGCUACUGAAUAAUACAGAGGAAGAUGUGGUCUGGGUUUUCUCUAUUAACAGUGGCAGCUGCAGUGACGUUCUUUUGUCGGAUUUCACUAAUAGAUGGCUGUAACAAGGCAUUGUGUGCCAGUGAUGUCAGCAAAUGUCUUAUCCAGAAGUUGUGCCAUUGCCAUCCAUCGAAAGAGAACUGUUCCUGUUGCAAGGAAUGCAUGCUAUGUUUGGGCACUCUCUGGGAUAUAUGUUGCGACUGCGUAGGUAUGUGCCAUCCAAGAAAUUAUACAGAUACUCCUCCCACCAAAAAGAGCACAGUAGAAGACCUUCAUGACCCCAUCCCAUCUCUAUUCCAGGCUCUCACGGAGGGAGAAACACAGCUGAAUUGGAACAUUGUUUCUUUUCCUGUCACUGAAGAGCUGUCAUAUCAUGAAAGCUUGGUCUCCUUUUUAGAAACAGUUAAUCAGCAUCGUCAGCCUAACGUCUCUGUAAACAGCAAUGGUGCCCAUAUACCGUACAACAAUGAAAAAGAUCACAUGUGUACAGUGGUAUAUUUUGAUGACUGCAUGUCCAUCCAUCAGUGCAAAGUUUCCUGUGAAUCUAUGGGUGCCUCAAAAUACCGAUGGUUUCACAAUGCGUGCUGUGAAUGCAUUGGCCCAGAAUGCAUUGAUUAUGGCAGUAAAACAGUCAAAUGUAUGAACUGUAUGUUUUAAUGGCAUCUCAUACUUUUGACAUGUUUUUUGACUGCACCCUUUAUAACCUCUGGAAACAUGAAAGAACAGCAAAGAGUUGAUAAGGGAUCAGUGAUUAAACAGAACAGCACCAAAGCAGAAAAGUGAAAUAUCUGUGAUAUUUUUUACUGGUUAUCUGUUUUAUGAAUGUAUUGUACAGUGUAUUUUAUAAGUUAGCAGAAAAUGGUGUAGGUGAUUAUGUUGUUUUAGAAUUUCUAUAAGCAAAACUUUGGAGUACUGAUUUGAUGUCCAUAAUUAUCAAAAAUGUCAGAAUUGAUUAAAAUCUGCAU